AUGAUUUUAUCAUUAUUUUUUUGGAAAGCAAUCUCAUUUGAAUGCUCUGCACCACUCAAACAUCCACCUGGCAUUCCAAAUGGAAAACUUCAAGUGAUGUUUUUGAUUACUCGCCAUGGAAUUAGGACUCCUAAUGAUGCUGUUAUGCCUCAAGAAGUGGAUGGUUACUGGCUUUGUGAUGCCCAUGAUGCAGUAUCACCUCGUAUGCGAGUCAGUCAGUUAAGUGGCGUGUUACGUCGUUAUCGCCAAACAAUAUUUCAUAAUCAAGCUCCAUUUCCUCCAAAUUGUGAUACAGGCGAACUUUUGGUUGAAGGUAUGCAACAACAUCGCGAACUUGGUGAAUUUUACAGUAAUUAUCUAAUUUAUGAAACAGAUUUUCUUCCAGAAGAUUUCAAUGAAUCACUCGUUGAAUUCCGUUCAACAUAUUACACUCGCUGUUAUAAGUCAGCACAGUCUUUCAUUGAUGGAUUUUAUCCUCCACAGCAAAAAGGCGAAAUUAUCAAUAUAUCAGUCGGUUCUACAACUAAGGAGUUCUUAUAUCCAGACCCUUCUACAUGUCCUGAGAUGAAUCAGGACUGGAAUGACAUGGUCGCAUCUGAUGAGUACAUUAAAAGGCGUGAUGCAGCCAAAAUUAACUACGAACCUAUAUAUAAUUAUACAGGCGUUGAAUGGGAUGGGUUUAACUGGCAAUGGUGGGGAGAUUCAUUGAUUGCAUAUUAUUGUACCGGAAAUCCGAUGCCAAAAGUGGUAACAGAAGAAAUGUUCAAACAAAUGGUUGAUGACACUCAAUUUGCAAUGCCAGGAUUCUAUAACAGAAGGAAAGGAGUCGCUGCAUCCCCACUUUGGAGAGAAAUUUUCCUCAGAAUUGACGAAUUUCUCAACAAAACAACGCCAAUAAAGUUCAGACUUUAUAGCAGUCAUGAUUCAACAAUUGCUGGUCUGCUUGGAUCUAUUGGAGCAUAUACAAUCUCCCCUCCAUUUAGAAGUCAUUGUACUGUUGAACUUUGGAAAGUUAAAGGAAAAGAUAUUGUCAGAAUUGUCUUCAAUGGAGAGCCUGUUCCUAUUGAUAUAGCAGGAGGAAAGACAACAAUAGAGCUGAAGAAGCUAAAGGAUGGUCUUUCACAGUAUCUCAACCACUGUAAAUAUGAUUGA